CCAGGACACAUGAUGCAAUUUAUUGGAUAUGUAUUUGAUGAUCUUAAAGUAAAUGAUCCUUCAGGUCAGGAUUGUUUUAAAUUCAACACUGUAGAUAAUCAGCACGUUUUUACAAUACAAAAUAUCAGAAAAGAGGACGAAGCAAUCUACUAUUGCAUAUUGAUUGAUGGAUAUGGACAGAACUUUGUGAAUGGCACCUUCUUGGUUGUUAAUGGCACAGAUGGAGCAGACUCACAGAGCUGUGAUCAUGUGACACAGAGUCCAUCCUCUGCUUCAGUGGUCCCAGGACGCUCAGUGUCUCUUCAGUGCUCACUUCAGCCCAAAAACAAAAAGAGCCAAAUCCAGUGUCCACAAGAGCAGCAGGUGCACUGGUUCAGAGCUGGAUCUGUGGAGCCUCACACUGGACUCAUGUCCCACUUUACAAACUACAGCUGUGUCUACAGUCUGUCCAAAACUAUAGAACACUCCUCUGAGGCUGGGACAUACUACUGCGCUGUGCACACAUGUGGACAUAUCCUGUUUGGGACAGGAACUACACUGGACAUAGAUGAGCUCCCAGAGCUGCAGCUGUUGCCAGUGACUGUGGCUCUGUCAGUCUUGUUGUGUGUGUGUGUGCUCGUGAUCAUCAUUCUCUGUGUGAAGAGAGGGAGGCUCUGUAAAUACUGCAGAGAUUCUCCUGAUACUGUCAGUAGUCCACACUGUGAGAGUUCAGAAAAUAUGGACGCACGUGCAGAUGUCAACUACACAGCACUAAAUUUCUCCUCCAGAAAAGUGAAACAGAGACAGAGCAGUAACACAAGAGGAGAGCAGGAGUGUGUGUACUCCAGUGUGAGAGCAGAGCACCACUGAGAGAACCAGUCAGGAGUAUACUGUGUGAUAUUUGCAUUUUACUUAUUAUGGCAUUUCUUUUUGUUUUACCUAUUCUGAGUCUUAUGCUUACUUCAAUCACAAA